UUGAGAAUCACAAAAUAAUUGCUUCUUGAUAUUUGUAUUUUGAUGUUCCAUGGCUUGACCUCACGCUGAAUGACUGUGGCAGAAUCUGUCCUCUAUGGUGUAAAAUCUGUCAAGUACUAAAUAUGCUUGGUGUGGCUUGCUCUUCGGCGCUUCGACGCGGUCUGACUUCGGUCGGAAACCAGUCGAAAUCUGCACUGAGCAAAAGCCAUCAAGUUUGGAAGUCUGAGUGUGGAUCAGUGGCAAGACUGUCUAGUGAUAGCACGAAUCAGUCGCAGGGCAGUGGAUGGAGGAAAUGGGCGGUGCGUGGAGCAGCUGUAGCUACUCUGGGCGUAGGCGCGUCGAUUGGCAUGGCACUGGUAAUCAGAAAUGACCUUGGAAAGUAUCCCCUCUUGGCCAAGCUGAUGGACAGUGUAAGUGGAAGAAAGGCCAAAACUCUGCCUGCUGCUGAGAUCUCUGACAACAGUAUGUUUGGAGAGGCGGCUCCCAAACUCAAGCUUCUACAGUAUCACACGUGCCCGUUCAGCUCCAAAGUCAGAGCUUAUCUGGACUACCACAAAAUCCCGUAUGAAAUCGUCGAGGUGAACCCGAUCUCUCGCAGUGAACUGCCCGCCGAUUUCCGCAAGGUUCCUAUCCUGAUGGCCGGUGACUAUCGGCUAGUGGAGUCCUCCGUCAUUAUUAGUAUCCUGGAAUCUUACAGACUAUCAAAGGGCAAAGUCACCUUUGAAGAGUUGAAUGCGCAUUUCCCGCAUCAUGAAGGAGAGCGCUAUGGACGCAAGAGCGAGAUUUACGAUGACAAAUUCUUAAUUCCCACGCUCAGCGAGAAGGAGAGGAUAGCAGCCAAACGCGAGGAGGAGCUGAGGUGGAGAAAGUGGGUUGACGACACCUUUGUUCACAUGUUGCCACCGAAUAUCUAUCGCAGUGCUGCUGAAGCCAAGCAGGCAUUUGACUACAUCUCUUCAGUGGGUAACUUUGGGUUUUUUGAAGCAGUGGCUGCUCAGGUAAUUGGCGCAACAGUCAUGUACAUGCUUGCCGGCCGCCUGAAGGAAAGAUACAACUUGAAGGAGGACGUGCGUGAAUCGCUCUAUGACUGUGGCAACGAGUGGAUGGAAGCCGUCGGCGAUCGUAAGUUUCUCGGUGGCGAGAAGCCGAACAUGGCUGAUCUUGCCGUGUUUGGUACCCUGACGUCAGUUGAAGGGUUUGAUGCCUUCAAGGACCUAAUGGAGAAUACACCCAUGAGGCCGUGGUGGGAUCGUAUGGUGGCUGUUGUUAGAACAGAAAGCCCUAAGGCAGCUGAAAGCAGCUAAGUACUACCCAUUGCUGCUGGUGGGUGAUACUAAAUUAAGUUUAUAUUCACUGGCCAUAGCCCAUCUUAUAUUCUGUUUGUAUUGUAAUAGCAUUGAUGUCGUCAUUUUGAAAUGUCAGCACCAACACUGGUGCUCAGCAACACUCAUACUUCGAAGUAGGUUUAUGUUAUGUGUACAAAACAGAACUCCCACUCUUUCACGAGUACAUGCAUGCUCACAGGCAGCAUCCUCCUCCACCACACACACACACGCACACACACUCACACGGGCACACACACGUGGGCAUGCACAGCACAAUUUUCAAGGUUCUCGGAUUUAAUUUUGCUGCUUUUUUUUCGGAACACUCUAGUUCCACACACUCUUUCUCCGCUUUCAAUACGAUCCUUGAUUUCUCGUUUAUGUACGGUAUGACUGUAUUCUCGAAAAUGGAUGCAUUGUUUUGUACUAUUUUUUUAAAUUUAGGAGCACAGUCAUUGUAGGUUUCUACUGUGGAAGCAUCAGUUCAAUCUCAUUUACCGAUUCCCUUAUUAUCAGUUAUUCUUCCAGCAUAGCAUACUAUGCUAAGCAUAUUAGAAUUGAAUAUCAGCUGAACUGCUUGCUGCCAUUUGAGGUCAUGCAAAGUAAACAUAUAAAAGACUGGACAAGCGA